UAGUCACGCAGAACGGUCAAGUCUUAAGAGAUCACAAAUAUCCUUGGAAGUUAGUUCGAGUCGAGACCCCGAGCACAUAACAGGUCUUUUUCUCGUCGGUUAUUCUUUAUUCUCAAAAAUAUAGCGAAAAAAAAUUUGUUUUUCCGUUUUUAAAAACUUGGUGACAAAAAAAUUGAUGAAAGAGGACAAAAUCAUUUGCGAUUUUCAACCAUUUUUGUGCUAAAUUUGGAUUUUUGAAAAUUUCUAUUUUCUUUUUAAUUUUUAAAGUAAAGUGUGAUUCGAAUUUUUAUUUUGGGAACUGAAGAAGAAGAAGAGGAGGAACUUAGUGCAAUUUUUCUGCGUUAAUAUCUUUUUUCUUCUCUUGAUGGCUGUCAGUACGCUCAACAUGGCGCCGUAUUUCACAUCAGGAUAUCCUUUUCAAGGACAGGGACGAGUGAAUCAGCUUGGCGGUGUUUUCAUAAAUGGACGACCACUGCCGAAUCAUACUCGUCAUAGAAUUGUCGAAAUGGCAGCGAGUGGCGUGAGGCCCUGUGUCAUUUCACGUCAACUUCGCGUCUCUCACGGUUGUGUCUCGAAAAUUUUGAAUCGCUAUCAAGAAACGGGUUCAAUAAAGCCGGGAGUCAUUGGGGGCAGUAAACCCCGCGUCUCUACACCCGAAGUCGAGGCUAAAAUCGAGGACAUGAAGAAACAAAAUCCAGGAAUGUUCAGCUGGGAGAUAAGAGAGAAAUUGAUAAAGCAGGACGGACUUUGCGAGAAGACAUCAGCUCCAUCAGCCUCCAGUAUUUCGAGAUUACUCCGCAGUCCUUCGGCUCAUAUGAAGCCCGGCGACGAUCCCCGACGAAAUCAUUCAAUUCACGGAAUUCUCGGUGGAAGUAGUGGUGACGAUUCGGACAUCGACAGUGAGCCUGGCAUCACUCUGAAGAGAAAACAACGAAGAAGCAGAACAACAUUUACAGGCGAACAACUCGAACAAUUGGAAGCAGCUUUCCACCGAACUCAGUAUCCUGAUGUCUACACUAGAGAGGAACUAGCCCAAAAAACAAAAUUAACGGAAGCAAGAGUCCAGGUCUGGUUCAGUAAUAGAAGAGCAAGACUACGGAAGCAAAUCAACAGUCAGCAGAUCAAUGCCUUCAAUACCAUGAGUCUACAGACUUUCCAGCCACAACACUACAGCAGUCCUGACAGUUAUCAAACCUACAGUCAAACCUCGGCAGCAGCAACCACUGGAUACUCACAGGCCUACAAUUACAGUGACAAUUACUAUUCCUCACAGCAACAGUGGCCGAGAUCGACCACCGACAACUAUGGACUGUUCAACGCCUCCCACUACGGUGGCGGUAACUUGGCCUCAAAUUUGGCCUCAAGCAACCUAAAUUUGGGCAGCCUGGGAGGCAGUGUCAGCCCGUCGACAGCUACCAACAUGAGCACGUGCAUGAUACAGGGCGCUUCGUCGGGUGUUCCCACUUCCGGAAUGGGACAUCAUCAUCACGUCACACCGCAUAGUCCGAGUGAGGCCAAAAGUGGCUAUCCCUACUAGGGUGGCAUCGACACUCAUUAACCAAAUUUUCACGAAAAAAAUAAAGAAAAUUCACAAUUUUACAAAAAAAAAAAAAUACAAUUUUACAAAAAACUAGGUACAAUUUUACGAAAAUCUAGUUUUGCA